AAAUUCCGACUUCUCCGAUUUCCUCAAGAGACAAAAAGAAUUAAAAAAGGAGGGAAAACCCCUCACUUUGCUCGACAAACCCCAAAGUCUCCAUUCCCAUAAACCCUAAAAAAAACCCAGUGACACUGUGUUCUGUUCUUCUCUCUCAAAUUCUUUAAUUACUCGUACAAAAAUGCUGUAACAUUGUUAGUAUUCAUCUCCAUUUUCUCUCUCCAAUUUUUGAACCCUUUUCCCCAAAUUUCUCCAAGGGUUCAACCUUACAGCUCAAACAAUCUCCCAUGGCGAAGCUUCUUCGCCACGCCUUCUCUUUUCGACGCUCUCUGUUUUCUGCCGAGAGCUUCAAGAAAGAGAGAUUGGGAAUGUCUUUUCAGUGUAGAGAGUUUUCUGCAAAAGGCCGGAAGAAAUCUAAAUCAGAGGGAAGUGACUCUAGUGAUGAUGGAUUGUCAAAGAAAGAGACAGCACUACAACUAGCCUUAGACCAGAUCACGGCUUCAUUUGGAAAAGGAUCUAUAAUGUGGCUUGGUCGAUCUGUAACUCCUAGACAUGUCCCAGUUGUGUCUACUGGUUCAUUUGCUCUGGACAUAGCAUUAGGUAUUGGUGGACUUCCUAAGGGGCGUGUGGUCGAGGUAUUUGGGCCAGAGGCGUCCGGGAAGACUACCUUAGCCCUUCAUGUAAUUGCUGAAGCACAGAAGCUUGGAGGCUACUGUGCCUUUGUUGAUGCUGAACAUGCCCUUGAUCCAGCUCUGGCUGAAGCUAUUGGUGUAAAUACUCAAAAUCUGCUUCUUUCACAGCCAGAUUCUGGUGAACAAGCUCUUAGCCUCGUGGACACCCUUAUACGAAGUGGUGCAGUUGAUGUUGUGGUGGUUGAUAGUGUGGCUGCCCUUGUACCGAAAGGAGAACUUGACGGUGAAAUGGGUGAUGCACAUAUGGCAAUGCAAGCAAGAUUAAUGAGCCAAGCACUUCGCAAGUUGAGCCAUUCAUUGUCUCAGUCACAGAGUAUAUUGUUAUUUCUGAAUCAGGUGAGGGCAAAGAUUUCAACUUUUGGGGGAUUUGGUGGUCCCACUGAAGUCACUUGUGGAGGUAAUGCUUUGAAGUUCUAUGCAUCAGUGCGGCUGAACAUUAGGAGAACUGGACUUAUCAAGAAAGGAGAAGAGACUAUUGGGAGUCAAGUCCUUGUGAAGGUCAUAAAAAAUAAGCAUGCACCUCCCUUUAGAACUGCUGAAUUUGAACUCGAGUUCGGCAAGGGUAUAUGCCGAGAUGCGGAGCUCAUAAGCCUCGGUGUCAAGCACAAGCUAAUUAAAAAGCAAGGCGCUUAUUACGGCUUUGAUGGCCAGACUCUCCAUGGGAAAGAUGCGAUCAGAAAGUAUUUCAGUGAGAAUUUAAGUGUAAGAGAAGAGCUUGAGAAGACACUUAGAGAAAAACUACUACAUUCAACAGAGGAAGCUGAAGGGGGACAGGGCACUGAACCAGUGGAAGAGACACUCUCGCCUGACACGACUGACGAAGAUAUUGUGACAGCAGCAGAAGCAUAGGAAUUUGGGUGUAUGUUUGGCAAAGGGAUAUCACUCUAUUCUUUUCUGUGUGGCUUUUGAUGUCAGAAAUUUCAAGCAUCCUCUACUGGUUAUGAUACACAUGUGCAGGAAGGUACCUUUGAAUAUAUACAUGAUCUUCGCUUGCGAUUUGUCAAGAUAUACUCUGACCUGUGAGUUAAUAUUAGUGCUGAAACUGGGAUGGGUGAGUAGAAUUUUGGUGGUUCUCUCACAUUGGAGAGAUCUAAGCUAUUCCCAACCACAUCAAUAUAUCAUGUAUUAUAAGAAGUGGGGUUAGAUCUCUGCAGUUUUGAAUAGUGUAUAUUUGUACUAAUUUAAGUGAAGCUUGAAUGGCUGGUUUAUGACAUCUGUGGAAAACACCGGAACUUUUAACAACUUUUUCUAAAAAUUCUCAAUUAUUAUUGAUGAUCAUUGCA